AUGAUUUUCCUGGCAGCCUGCAAGAUGCAGCAGCGGCUCGUUGCCAGGCGCCGCACUGUGCGCAGACAAGCGCCUAGCGCCCAAGUGCGCGGCCCUGCGAUGCACACGCCCGGAAACAACGGCGAAGCCUUCCACCAAAGGCGCAGAGCAAGCAUGAGACUCAGAAGACCACAGGAGCUGAGGUCCCUCGAAGGCCCUUGGUUCCCAGGCUCCGUGUUGGUGAUCUUCGUAUCGCAUGUCCUGACCGUAGUGUUUGCACAGUCUGCGGUCUGGGCAGCUGAGAUGGGGUCAUCAUUCUGCCUGGCUUGUUCCAUCGGUGCCAUUGUUAACCUGCAGAUGCUGAACAAGAGCAUCCUGUACCACGACGGCGCGCACGGCCUCCUCCACGGCCGAUGGAAUGCAGAGUUCGCCUUCAUCCUCUCCGCAUUGACGUCGUCAGCCAUUGGUUUCCAGGAAAGCGAAGAGCAUGCCGAGCACCACAGGAACACCUACUCUAGCCAGGACCCAGAUGCACAGCAAUUCAUUACGGAGCCUGAAGGAUGGAAGCGUCCACUUUGGCUGGCUUGUGCUCCACUUAUACGGGCAUUGAAGCUGGUUUCAGAGGAGUGGCCAACCUCGCUGCUAAAAUUUCCUCAUCAUUCUCUCUAUAUUGCAUCCAGCCACCUUCUGCUCUCUUGCCUUCUUGGCUGCCAGGUGACAGCCAUGCUUUUGACAGCCUGGUGCUUCCGGGACUGGACACCUGCCGGCCUUCUUUCGCAAGCAGAGCACUUCACGUGGAGUGAUAAUCAGCCAACCUGGUCCACCUACAGCUUCCGGCAAGGCGUUUGGUGUCCUUUUGGCAUCCGUUGGUUUGAGCUGCUCAUGGGCAACCUCAUGUACCACGUGGAACACCAUGACUUCCCGAGGGUCAGCUGGUGGCAUUUGCCGCACCUGCCUGAAUUGUUUGAGGAUGACUACGCUCAAUUGACGACCUUUGACUUAGGCAAUUAUGCCUGGGAGUUCUACGUGCGCAAGACAUUGAGCUUCAACCAAGCCUUUCACUGGUAG